UCUCCUGACGCCUCCAACAAGAGGGUAAGGUCUUCAUACCGCUCCCCCAGGUCUCCGUCGCCGACUAGGCGUACCCAAAGGCCAGCCGACAGGUUGAGGUACGACGACGAGAGGGACAGGGAUCGCGAUAGGCGGGAUAGGGAUAGGGAUCGAUACCGUGAUGACCGAUACAGAGACGAAAGGCGCAGGGACUCUCACAGGGAUGACCGUCGCGACGACCGAAGAGAUGACCGUCGACGUUCUCGCUCUCGCGACCGUGAACGUCGGGACCGAGAUCGAGCUCCUCCAGCUAUGCCUCCCAGGGAUGAGAAGUCUGCUCAACCAAACGCUUCUACAGAGUCGAAUCCUGAGGAUGACAAAAUGAAGGCCAAGAAAGCCCGUUUGGAAGCUUGGAAGAAAGAACGAGAGGCGAAGAAAGCCUUGGACGAGGCAAAGGCGAAAGCCAUGGCAUUGGCAGGGAAGUCAGCCCCUCCUGUGAACGCUUCUGCCACUCCGGCGAAGCCUGCAGGUGCCUUGAAUCGCAAUGCGUUGAAUGGACUGGGUCUCAAGGGUCUUCCAAUCAAGUCCGACGUACUCAGAAGUACCUCGGCCACCAUGUCGAUGGAUGACUCUAACGAUACCAAACGCAAGUUGGAAAAACUUGGUGACAUGCCGGCUGUGGAUAUGACGAUGGUCGAUGGCGAAGGCGCAGUCGGUGAUUUGGAGGGCGAUGAAGAUGACGAGGAGGCAAAUCGGAUGGAGGCUGUAAUGAAGUCCAAGACUAAAGACGCUAUGGAUGUGGAUGAAGACGAGGUGGACCCACUGGAUGCCUUUAUGACCGGUAUUAAAGAAGAAGUCAAGAAGGUCAACGAAGAGGACAUUAAGAAAGCAGGCGCUGCUCCUAGUCAGCAAUCGCGUGUCCGACUUGAUGAUGGCACGGAGGACAACGUCGAGGACUUCGCGGAGGGUGUGCAGGAUGAACUCGAUCAGACUGAGUUAAAUCCCGAGGAUAUUCUCGCCCUCGCCGCGAAAAAAGCUAAGAAGAAGGACCUUGCAACCGUGGAUCAUUCCCGCGUCCAGUAUGAACCUUUCCGCAAAGAAUUCUACAUUGCGCCUCCCGAUAUCGCUGCAAUGACCGACGAGGAUGCCGAACUGGUUCGAUUGGAAUUGGAUAGUAUCAAAAUCCGCGGCGUCGAUUGCCCUCGACCUGUGACGAAGUGGAGUCACUUCGGUCUACCUGCUAGCUGUCUCGAAGUUAUAAAGAGGCUCAACUUCACGGCGCCGACACCUAUCCAAGCACAAGCUAUCCCUGCUAUCAUGUCCGGCCGAGACGUCAUUGGUGUCGCCAAGACGGGUUCAGGGAAGACCAUUGCCUUUCUGUUGCCGAUGUUCCGGCACAUCAAGGAUCAGCGACCUCUCGAGCAGAUGGAAGGUCCUAUCGGUGUCAUCAUGACCCCAACCCGUGAACUUGCUGUUCAGAUACACCGAGAGUGUAAGCCUUUCCUGAAGGUUCUCAACUUACGUGCUGUAUGUGCUUAUGGUGGCUCCCCGAUCAAGGACCAAAUCGCAGAUAUGAAGAAGGGGGCGGAAAUCAUAGUCUGUACCCCUGGUCGCAUGAUCGACCUCCUUACGGCAAAUUCAGGUCGAGUGACCAACCUCAAACGCGUCACGUAUAUCGUUCUUGACGAAGCUGACCGUAUGUUCGACAUGGGUUUCGAGCCCCAGGUCAUGAAGAUCAUCAACAACAUACGCCCCGAUCGGCAGACUGUCCUCUUUUCUGCCACUUUCCCGAAGCAAAUGGAUUCGCUGGCGCGAAAAAUUUUGCGCAAACCCCUCGAGAUUACCGUCGGUGGUCGUUCCGUGGUUGCAGCGGAGAUCGAGCAGAUCGUCGAGGUCCGUCCAGAAGACACGAAGUUCACACGUCUCCUCGAGAUUCUAGGCCAGAUGUACAACGAAGAUCCGGAAUGCAGGACGUUGAUCUUCGUCGAUCGCCAGGAAGCCGCUGAUAACCUCCUUCGCGAACUACUUCGACGAGGGUACUUAUGCAUGUCUCUCCAUGGAGGCAAGGAGCAAGUAGACCGUGAUCAGACCAUCGCUGAUUUCAAAUCUGGCGUGGUUCCCAUCGUCAUUGCUACGUCUGUUGCUGCACGAGGCUUGGACGUGAAACAACUCAAACUUGUCAUCAACUACGACGCGCCGAACCAUAUGGAGGACUACGUCCACCGAGCUGGCCGAACUGGCCGAGCCGGCAAUAAGGGUACAUGUGUGACCUUCAUUACGGAGGAACAGGAACGGUAUUCAGUAGAUAUCUACAGGGCGUUGAAGGCUAGCAACGCUCCUGUUCCGGCAGAACUUGAGCAAUUGGCCAAUGGUUUCCUCGACAAAGUCAAAUCCGGCAAAGCGAAGGCUGCGGGAUCUGGUUUCGGAGGUAAAGGCUUGGAUAAGCUUGACCAAGAGCGUGAUGCGAGAGAGAAGGCCGAGCGGAAGGCGUAUGGCGAGUCCGAGGAAGAGAAGCCCGCCGCGACAGAGAAGGCGGAUGACCCGGCGAAGGCUGCGCCAGCCGAGGAUGCUAUGACUUUCGGGAACUUCAAAGUCGAGGUCAAACGCGGCCCUGCUCCAGAUUCCUCGAAGGGACAACUCGGUGUGGCCGGCGCAGCUCUGGCCGCCCGUCGACUCGUUCAGCAGAAAGAACAGGAGCGUAUUGAAGCGGCACUCAAAACAGCAGAAGAAGCUGCUGCUCGUGCGGGGAAAGACAGUCCCGCACACAAGCAAGCGCUCAGUGUUGUCGCCAAGCUCAAUGCGCAGCUCAGGGCGCACAAGCUCGUUGCUCAGUCACAACUGGCCCUUCUCGAAAAGGGCGGAGGAGAGCAAAAACCUUCAACCGCAGAUGCGACAGAGUUCCAUGCCAUCAUACCGAUCAACGACUAUCCCCAGAAAGCUCGAUGGAAGGUCACCAACAAGGAGACAAUGGUUCAGUUGGUCGAUAUGACGGGCGCAUCGGUGACGAACAAAGGUAUAUACUACGAGCCCGGCAAGGAGCCCCCACUCGAAGGACCUCCAAAAUUGCAUCUGCUCAUCGAGUCAAACGAGGAAUUCAGGGUCGAGCAAGCGGUCCGAGAGAUCAAACGGUUGCUUAUUGAGGCGUCCGCAGCCGCUCUGCAGGCAGAGAUGCGCAAUCCUACAGCGACUCACGGCAGGUAUAGUGUGCUGUAGGCAGACACCUAACUAUAUGUAUCACGUAUGUAUAUAGCGGGGCCGAUUAUGUAUAUG